CUUUAGAACGUGUAAAUUCUGACAACUAUAAUGAUAAUUUUUAUGAAUCCAACGAUCAAAUGUUUUGUAUCGCUUGCAGACGUGUUGUCAAUCAUGCUAGAAAAUCUGUAAUUGACAACCACCUUAAUUUGGUAUCAUAUCAAAAAAGAAAACAUCUUAUAGAAUCAUCAGAUAAUAUUAAUCAACCAGAUAUAACAAAACAGGAUAUUAAUAUAGCAUUAGGGAAUG